AUGGAUCCGACCCGCAACAGCCGCGGGGUGCACUUCAAGCCAUCCAGCGAGCAGCUCCACCCAAAAACCCACCCCGCCCACGCCCACCCGCAGGCCGAGCACAUCCAGCCAUGGACCCAGCGCCACGGCCUGCUCACCCGCCUGCUCGCCGCCCUCCCGCCCAGCACGCACGCCCUCGCCGCCUACCAGCACCGCAAGCCGCCCGCCAUCCACUCCGACGACGCCCUCGCCCUCAGCCCCCACCUCGGAUAUCUGCUCGAACGCGCACAGAGAACCCACGCCCCCGCCGCCGCCGAGCAGCGGCUGCUCCAACGCACGCGGCAAGCCCAGAUCGACCCCGCCAAGGACUUCGUCCUCCUCCGCAAGAUCUCCGACGGACAGUCGGGCGCCGUCCAUCUCGUCAGGACUAGGCUGUCCAGCCUCGAGAGCCUCAACCAGACGAACCUCUACAUCCUCAAGACCGUCUCCAAGCGCGUCUCCCGCAGGAUCCAGCAGUACAGCUCGAUCGAAACCGAGCUCUCGAUCCUCCUCCUCUCGCGCGCCUCGGGCGCCGCCGGGGCGAUCAAGCGGCUGCCCGAGCUGCAGCUGUCUUUCCAAACAGAGACCGAGCUGCAUCUGGUGCUGGAGUACAGUGCGAGCGGGUCGCUAGCGGACCAUGUGGCGCGGCUGGCGGGGCGGCCGAUCGGCGAGGGCCAGCUGCAGGCGUGGGCGAUCGACGUGCUUGCGGCGCUCGACUGGCUCCACACCGCCCACCGCUUCUGCCACCGGGACGUCAAGCCCAGCAACCUGCUCAUCAACCACCCCGACGGCCACAUCCUCCUCUCCGACUUCGCCACCGCCGCGCCCCUCGUCCGCAACCCCCUCUCCGCCCUCCUCCACGUCCCGCCCGCCCACCGCGUCGUCAUCGUCGGCACCUGCGACUACAUCGCCCCCGAGGUCCUCCAGGCCCAUCUCUCCCAGACCAUCGCCACCCUGUCCCACUCCGCGGCCACCACCGCCCUCGGCCCGGCCCACCCGGACGGCCAUCCUGACGCAGACGCCGGCGCGUCCUACGGCCCCGAAAUCGACCUGUGGAGCUUCGGCGUCUCCCUCUUCGAACUAGUGUACAGCCGGCUGCCGUUCUUCUGUCCGUCGAUCAACGACACGUACGCCAAGAUCGUCGCCCACCAAUCGUAUUUGCAGGUCCCGGCGGUCCGGGACGGGUGGAGCCCUGGCAUGGGGCCGGGGCUGCCGGAGCUGGCCGCGGCCGCCGACGGCCCAACGCCAGUGUCCCCCGGCCUCCAGAGCUUCCUGAAGGCGCUGCUUUGUCGGCGGGAAGAGCGGCUCGGAUGCGGGCCUGAUGGCCUGGCUGCGCUCCAGAGACACGCCUGGUUCGGAGGCGUGGAGUGGGCCGACGUCCAGCGCCAACCGGUGCCGGGCCACGUCCGCGCGGCGACCGAGAUCCAUCGGGUGGGCGACAGCGUGUGUCUCGACGCCGACCCGGGCGCCGCAGACGAGCCGCGGUUCGACUUCUCGGCCUUCUUCGGCUCCUCGCCCGGCGCCUCCGUCGACCCCUCCGACUCCUCCUCGUCCGACGACGACGCCAGCAGCGACGAAGAGGCGGAGGAGGUCGCGGGGUUCACGUAUCUGCCGCGGGACCCGGACGCGUUCAACCAUGCACACGACGCCGGCGGGCCGUCGAGCCGGCAGAAGCUGAAGUCGAGCAUCAAGCGCAGCGCCAGCGGGGCCCGGGACGACCGGUUCUCGACGCCCAUCAAGCCGCCCUGGCCGCACAGCUCGACCCCCCUGGACCCCCCGCCGCCCGCCACCGCCGCCCGCUCCGUCAGACUGCUCACAAGGCCCGACGGCAGCGCCGUCCCGCUCAGCCACAUCGACCAGCUCAUCCUGCUCAACCGGCUCGUCCGCUCCACCGCCAAGAAGGCCGCUCCCAUCCCGCCCCUCCGACGCCCCCACUCCCUCGCCCCCUUCGCCCACCCCCCUCGCUCAUCUGACGCCCCCCCGCCCGCCCCGCUCGACGCCAAUGUCCGCGGCCUCCAGACCAGAAUCGCCGCGCUCAGGCACUCUAUCGACGCUCUUGUUCGCCACGCUGAUGCCCUCAUCCUCCACGCGCUGCCGCCGCCUGGGGAGGAGGGCCGCCCGUCGUCCCCAUAG